AUGGUCAACGAAAUUAGCGACACUUUUGACGUGCAAUUCACCGCGCUAACGGACAAGUAUAAGGGCGUUGUCAGUGCCUCAGCACUGUUCUGGAAAAGAUAUCAUGGUGGUAAUAAUGUCGAGUAUGGCCUGCGCAUUGAGGUCCCAACCCUCAUGAAGGAGUUCGUUGACAACGUCAACCUAGGGGCAGAUCCAGAGGGAUUUCUGUUCUUCAACAACAUCAGCGACCUUGACGCAGUCGACGGUAAAUACAAUGUUGUGUACAACACCGUUGACGACAUCAAACAGCGUGCGGCGCGUGUUCAAUUCUUCCACCAGAAUCAGGGAAGCUUUUAUGCAGAGUUUCUUGCCAAAGACCCGAACAAGACUGUUGACUACCUCAUUGAUAGCCAAGUUGGUGCAUGGGCUACUCUUCAGAUCGGCUCAGCCAGCGCGUAUAUCAAGAAAUACUCUGACGAAAGUAACAUCCUGAUCAAGAUCCCUGCCAUCAAGAAGCAGGCCACAUUUAAUGUCCCUGAAAACAUUGGCAACCAAGCUGUCGAUGUCUGGGGUAACAUCAUGUUCAAGGAUAUCAAGAGGCUCCUGAGUUCCGACACUCCCUCUUAUGCGGACUACAACCAGGACAGAAUUAUCUUCUACUCUGCCAGCGGAUCGACUGGAAGCACUGACUUCACUGCUUAUUUCAUACCGAUGGAAAGCGCCCCUGAUGAUGCGCUCGGGGACCUGAAAUUCGAGGCCAACACGGUGUACUGGUCUGACCUCUAA